AACAAAAAAAAAAUAACAGCUGAGAAAACAAACAGAAAUUAAAAAUUUAAAUAACCAAAACUUUAUACUAUUAUGUUCAUUUUUGUUAAUCGAUUGAUGCUAUUAUAAUAUUUAAUGUAAUGGCGGUAUACGCGGCUCAUUUAACACGCAGCUUUCAAGGGACUCCAUCAGUUUUUCAAGUGACAGCACAAGAGGCCCUUGGAACUACUUUAAAACCAGCUCUCAGGAAGGUUAUUGAAUAUUUAUCAGUGCUGUACCCUAACAAAUGCAGCUGGUGCACUCAUUGGUACGAUGAACUGUAUUUGCUGUUUGAUUGUAUAGUGCAGUACAAUUACCUUAAAUAUUAUGCUGCAUCUUUUUCUGAAAGUUUCUAUGGUCUACUCCGGGUGCCCAUAUCGUACAGUAGUGAGUUCAGCAUUGGACAACGUCUCCCAAUAGACUUAGAGCGAGGAUCUCUUGCACUUCUAGUAUUGUUGCCAUACGUUAAGGACAAAGUCGGUGCCAUUAUUGAUAAAUGGAGGGAAGAUGAUGAAGAUGGGAAACUUGGUAAGGACACGCGCGGCCGGCUUCGUUCGGCAGCGAUAAAAGUGUACGCGAUCCUCCACCUCGUGUACGAGGGUCUCCAGCUGGUGCAGCUGGCGCGCUACCUGAGGGGCGGCUCCCCGUCGCACUCGCUGCCCAUGGCGGCGCUGGGGCUCACGCUGAGGAACGCGCCCCCCCAGGAACUGCCCGAGGACGAAUACACCUGGAGUGAUUUAUUCAAGAAUUUGUCGUCUGGGCAAAUCGGGAGCGCAGCGCUGACGUUCCCCAUGGUGGGCGGAGCGGUGGUCCGCGGCGCAGAGUACGGCGCCUUCGUGGUGCAGCUGCUGCGCUGGUGGCGCGACCGCGGCGCCCCCCCGCCCUCCCUGCCCGCGCCGCCCCCGCCCGCAAGGGCGGAGGCGGCGGCGGCGCGGAACCGCUGCCCGCUGUGCGCGGCGGCGUGGCGGCUGCCGACCGCGCUGCCCGUGUCGGGGUACAUAUUCUGCUACACGUGCAUAUCGCGGCACGUCCGCGCCCGCGGCUGCUGCCCGGUGACCUCACUGCCGGCCGCAGAGUCCUCUCUCGUCAGGGUAUACUUAGACACACAAUAAGAUGCAACAUUCUCUACCUCUACAAAAAUUAUAUUAGUGGUUAUGGAUAAAUUAAUGUUAACGAUAGAUAUUUAUUAAACUGUUAUUCUUUAA